AUGGCCCCGCUAGGACCCCGCUUCCUGCGGGCCGCGCUCUGUGGUGGCUGCUGCUGCCUGCUGCUGUGCGCGCAGCUCUCUGCCGCUGGUAAAGGAGCCCCCGGCUUUGGAAGGGGAGCUCUGCUCCGCCUCAGCGUCCGACCUGCCGUCGCGGGGACCUGUCAGCAGCUGGAGCCCUGUGAGCGCUGCGUACAGGCGGCCGGCGCACAUAACCACUCCGGUUGUGUGUGGAGGCGCUGUGGCCCUGAGGAAUCAGGACACUGCGUGGCCCAAGGGGAGGCGGCCAGGGCAGGUUGCUCCAUCUACAACCGCUCUGAAUUGUGCCCAGCUGCCCACCACCACCCCACUGAUGAGCCGGAGACCAUCACGACAAGGGAACCCCCAGCUCCCGAAGGCCCCAACCCUGGCUUUGACGGGGCCAGCUUCAUCGGGGGCGUCGUGUUGGUGUUGAGUUUGCAGGCGGUAGCCUUCUUUGUGCUGCGCUUCCUCAAGGCCAAGGACAGCACGUACCAGACACUGUGA